AUGAGACAUCAAAGAGUUGAAUCUCUAGGUCCUAUGGAAGAAGUAAGAAAAAAACAUACAAAAAGUGAAAUCGUCUUAUCAUCUAUGUUUAGAUUACCUAAGGUACAAGUACCAUAAAGUAAAAUUAACUUAUAUUUUUUAGGUUCUAAAAAUGCCUUAUCUGUAAAUCCUAAUUGGUCUCAUUUUAAUUAUCAAAAUGAUAAUUCUAAAACCAAUAACACUUUUCUAGAAAUUUAAGAAAUCCUUUAAUAAUAAGUGUCUUUUUCAUAUCCAAAUAUUUUACCUUAAGUCAAAAAAUUCAUUUAAUAAUCUUAAAUGGGUAUCACUUUAACAGAACUUACUAAAAAUAGUUAAUUAGUUGAUAGCUCUAUUAAUCUUUUUACUCAAUCUAUACAAAUUAUGCUUUAAAUCAUUAAGGAAAAAGAACCAAAAAAAAUUGAAUUAAAUCCCUAAGUCGUCGAAACUGAAAUUUAAAGAAAAUUUUCAUUAGCUUUAAUGAAAGAAUCUAAUAAUAAAAUAGAUAGAGAAACUUAAAUUAUUAAUAAUGAAUUAAAACUUAUCAAUCAUAAAUUGUAGAUUGAACUUAAUCAAUUAGCAACUAAAUUAAGAAAUCUAGAAAUAAGUAUGGAUGUAGAUCUUUUGAAAUAAAAAAUUAAAGAAUUGACAGAAGAAUUAAAAUAAAGAACUUUAGAAUUAAAAAUUGAAAUUCAAAAUAGAGAUUAAUAACUGAUCAAACAUUUGUAAAAAAUUGCAUAAUUAAAAUCAAUUAUUUAAUAACAUGAAGAAAAAAUAGAUGAAUUAUAAACUUAUAUUAAUAACAAUUAAGAAAGAUUUACUUCAAUGGAAACAACAUUUAUGUCUGUAUAUAAUGAAAGAUAUUAUUGGAGAGAUGUUUCAAAAAUGUUAGAAGAAGAUUUAUUAAGUUAAUAAAUGAGAUAUUAAAAAUUUUUAGCCGAAGAAGCUAAAUCUAAAAAAAAACUUUAAUCACUCUAAAGAGAAUUAGAUUAAAUUAAAAUAGAAAAAAGCAAAAGAGUUGAAAUCCCAGAAUUUAAUAAGGAAGCUGAAGAAAACCUAUAAAAAUUAUUAUAUUUAUUCACUAAAGAGAAAUUUCAUAUGGUUCAAAUGAAAGCUUUCAUAUAUGAUAAAAUGAGUAAAUUAAAUGAAUAAGAAUAAUAGUAAUAUUAAUUUAUGAAAAAUUUAAAACUUGAUCAUAUUUAUAUGGAUAGACUCAAUAAAUACACUUAUCCAAGAUAAUCAUUUUUAGUAUUUUAUGAAAGUUAGAUUAAACUAAUCGAAGCAGAAUAUAAAAAUAUUAACAGACAUAAAAUUUCUCUAAAUUAUUUUGCAAUUAUUAGAACAAUAUUAGAUGCUAAAUUUAAUGAGUUUUAAUAUUUAGACAAUUUACAAGUUGCUUCUAAAUUUGCAGAUUUUGUUUUUUCUUGGAUUAGUACUUUCACAUUAGAUAAAUACACUAAAUAAAUUAUCUAAGUGAAUUAAGAAUAAUUGGAUAAUAUUCGUUUAGAUUUUUUAAUGGAUACAUUGAAUCCAAAAUUAGGUUAAAUACAUGAAGUCAUAACAUUUAAGUAUUUAAAUUAAAAUAAAUAGUUAAUUUUUAUUUGAGUAAUCAUCUCUAGAUGAAGUAUAUUAUUAUUUGCAUUGUAGAUAUAUGCUUUUUAAAGGCUAAGUAAAGAAUUUAUCCAGAUCUAAUUUUGAAACAAUUAUGUAUGUACGAUAAGAAUAAGCAGAAUAAUUAAUUGAAGAAAUUAUGCAUAAAUACCCAGUAGAAUAAAUUAUUUUAACAAAAAAUGUGAUAAAAGAAAUGAUUAUUACAAAAAACAAGAUUAAAUUAGUUGAUGGUCAUUAUGUGUUAAGAAUAUUAUUAGAAUUUUAUAGAUAAGAAAGAUAAACCAGAUUAGCUGUUCUUAAAGAAAUGUUUCAUUCUUGUUUGUCUCUGCAAAGUUUUGGAAAAUAUGGGGUUAAUUAUAGAAAUUUUAGAAAAAUAUUUUAAUUUAAUUUUCCAACUUCAUCUGAAGAAGAAAUUUGUUCUCUUUUUAGAGAAGCACAUAUGUGUGGUGAUGGAAUAGUAACUGCAGAAUCAUUUUUUACUGCUGCCACUGAAUAUAAUUUCUUUAUAAAAUAAUUGUAAUUACAAUAUUUGAUGCAUCCUCCAUAAGUAGAAUUUUAUAAACUUAGCUAUUGUGAAUUUAACUUGCCUUACUUAGAUUUUUAUAAUCACUACAAUUAAAUACCUAAAAAAUUAAUAUAAAAUGUUUGUUUAUCUAUGGGUUUAGAAUAUGUAAAUGCUGAAUUAAAUAAAUAUUAUUAAAUAAUAGAUGCUUUAUUUGCUCAUCCUUACAAUAUUUAUUCUUUAUUGUAAAUGAUUACUAACUUGAUUAAUAUCUUUAAUAAAAUAUAAAUGCUAAAAAAUCUAUAAAAAGUAUAAGAUGAAUGGACUAGUAUGGAAUUAGAAGCAAUUAGAUAAUUAGUAAAUUAAAUUCCAGGAAUUUUUGGUUUGAUUCUUGAUUUAGAUGCAGAAGAAAGAUUGAAUGUUAUAUAGAAAAAUUAAAAAAUUCGUGCCUUACAAUUAGUAGGUAAAAGAAAAGCUUUAAAAUUUUAUUCCUUUAUUUCAGCUAUGUUAAAUGCUAAAGUCAAACAAGAAAAACAACCUGAUGCAUCACCUAAAAGGGGAAUGAGGAAAUCAGGUAAAUUUUGA